GGUAGUUUCGUCUGUUUGUGGUUCGAACAAAUUAUAAAUUGACUCCACUUCCCCCCUUUCUUUUUACUUGUGUCUUCCAACUCUUUCUCUUAUUUCAUUUCAUUUCCCCUGUUUUUCUCUCCCCUGUUUCUCUCUCUACUUUUACUUACUACUUCUCUCUCUUAAAUUCUUCUUUCCUUUUCUUGUUAUUGUUUUUGAUCAGAAGAAGCAACAACAACAACAACACCAACAACAACCAGAGAAAAUGACUAACCAAAAUGUAGUCGUUUCCGAUGCAAAAUCGAGCAUGAAAGUGGCUGUUGCCAUCGCUGCUAUGUCUAAUCAAUCACUAUUUCCCCCGGCUGUGCCGAAGCCCCCGGCUUCGUCUGCCGGGCGUUUUAUACGCCGAAAGCCGGUUAAAAAGCUUGAAACUCAAGGCGGUCCAACUAAGAUUAAUGCUUGGGUUGAUUCCAUGAGAGCUUCUUCUCCUGCUAAAUCUCCCCCUUCUUCUCCUGAGCAUGAUUCUUGGAUGGUGACACACCCAUCAGCAUUGGAAAUGUUCGACGAGAUCACGAAAGCAUCUAAAGGAAAGAAAAUUGUCAUGUUUCUUGAUUACGAUGGUACUCUUUCACCCAUUGUUCAAGACCCUGAUCGCGCAUUCAUGUCUGACGAGAUGAGAGCCGCGGUGAAGGCAGUGGCAAGAUACUUUCCUACUGCUAUUGUAAGCGGGCGAGGCAAGGACAAGGUUCACGACUUUGUGAAGCUUAAGGAGUUGUAUUACGCGGGUAGCCACGGUAUGGACAUCGAAGGGCCGGCACACGGUACCAACGAUAAAUCGGUCGUAUGCCAGCCUGCUAGCGAGUUUUUACCAAUGAUCAAUCAAGUGUACAAAAAGUUGGUCGUGAAAACUCAGUUUAUCGAAGGUGCUAAAGUUGAAAGUAACAAGUUCUGUUUAUCAGUCCAUUUUCGCUGCGUUGAAGAGAAGAAAUGGGCUGAACUUGCUGAGCUAGUGAAAGAAGUUCUCAGUGACUAUCCUAAGCUGAAAAUGAACUAUGGAAGAAAGGUACUAGAAAUCAAGCCCACCAUUAAAUGGGACAAAGGCAAGGCACUUGAAUUUUUGUUGGAGGCACUUGGUUAUGCAAACUCUAAAGAUGUUUUACCAAUUUACAUUGGAGAUGAUAAAACCGACGAAGAUGCAUUUAAAGUUCUAAGGAAGAAAAAACAAGGAUUUGGUAUACUUGUUUCAAAGUUUCCUAAGGAAACUUCUGCUGCGUAUACCCUACAAGACCCCUCUGAGGUAAUGUGCUUUCUACAACGGAUGGUGGAAUGGAAGCAAAUAUCUCAACGCGGUUACUAUAGGACUUGAUGAAGAUAAUUAAA